UUAAAUAUCCUUUUGAAUUAUCAUAGCCUUGAAACAAUUAGAGCAUAGCUAUCAGAAUAUUUACUGUAAACACUUUCAGUCCUGUGGCGUUUCCCAAACACAGUUCCGGCACGGCACAUGAAACGAAAGUGAAAGGAACCCUUUGGUUUCUUGUGGGUUUUGUGUAAGGGGUCCUGCUUUCAGCGGUGGUCAUGGCUUAUUAUGAGUCGUCAGACGAAGCAAACCCCUGCCAAGCGACCCCCAUGUCCUUUCGCCAUCGUGGCACUGACCGGGAUGAUGAGGAAGAUGAUUGUAUACAAUUCAAUGAAGGAUACGACUCAUAUGACAAUUCGUAUUCCCAGCAGAUGGCGCCAUCAGCACACCAAAGGAUGGAACCCUGUCGGUUCUACAACAGGGGGCGAUGUCGGAACGGAGACAACUGCUCUUACUUGCAUGUGUGCAGGUUCUCCUGGAUAGGGUCCUGUCGUUAUGGCAACAGCUGCCAGCUGCGGCAUGUUGGGGACUCGGAUUCGGAUGACACAGGAAGAAGAAGUGACAUCACAGAAGGAAGACGGAAGAGGUCAGCAGGGACGAGGACAAACAGGAACUCCAGAGAAACACCAUCUUCCAGUGAUCAGCUGAAGAAUGGUCAGCUGUUUAAGUGGCAGUUAAAUGGUGGCCAAGGCUGGAUGGACAUAGCAAAUGACCUCAUCCUUGAGGCGCACUACUCCAAACCGUACACAGGGGGCAUCACACUCCACAAUACACCCUGGGGUGCCAUCUCUAUAGAUUUCCAGCUUCUGCAGGUGCGUCACAGACGGGACGUUCAGGUGCGUCGCCUGAGUUCCCCUCACACAGCGUGGAGCUGGUUCUUCAAGAGCAACGAGGGAUGGAGUCAGUACGGAGACACGGACACUCAGGGCAGAUGUUCAAAGGUUAACAGCGCCACUCUUGAGUCGGAGUAUCAGAAGAAUCAGCAGGGCUCUUACCAGUUCAAAUUCAGCUUGUACACCUACCAGAUCACAUUCAGAGACAUGCAUCAGGAAAACGUAAGCACUGGUGUUAGAAGACAAGUCCGACGCAGGCCCUGCUGUCCAGCUACUCAGAGUCCUGUGCAGGGUAAUGCCGCUCUGCCCCAAUCACAAGCUGUACUCACCCGAUCCAUGAGCACCAUGAGCCUCCUUGGACUCUCCAGUGCCCCCAAGUGGCAGUUCAGUGGAGCUGGCAGCAGGUGGCACGACUACCAAUACAGGGUUGGAACCAACUUGGAAUGUUCCACAGACAGUGUCCUGAUUGAGGCUGAGUACCUUAAGAACCCGCAGGGCUCCAUGACCUUCACUGUGAGCGGACAGUCCUACCUGUUGGACUUUGCCACUAUGACGCAAACCAACACCAGCAUUGGGACGGUUCGCAAGGUCCGGCGAGUAUAAUACUCUCCAGGUUUCACCUCUGGCGCUAUGGAAUGACAUCCUCUGAUGCCUUAACAUCAUUGACAUGCUGCAUUGAACUGCCAGCUACUGCAACUGCCUUCUAAUGUUGCUUUACAUGUGCUAAAGAAUCAUUGCCUCUUUGACUUCCACAAGUAGGUAGCAGUUCUUUCUUCUUUUAGAAUCCCCUCAUUUUGGGCAGUACUUUGCAUAUCUGGGAUAACUUUUGUAUAUGGAUUAUUGAAUAGAAAUCAUGGAUACGUGUCUCAAGGAACAAGCUAGCUUAGUGAUCAUGCUACACAGGGCUGCCACUAACUUCUGUGAAAACUGAAAAGUGUUCUUCAUCAGACUGCCAUCCCAGACUUCAAUUUUAACAGAAAUAAUGUAUGUCUAUACUCAUUUCUGUGCCACAAUAUAAUGACCAUGAACACUAUUUGUGGGGUGAUUGGGUCUGUGGUAAUAGGCAGGUAUAAUAAAAGAAUUGAAAUGUUGGCUGAUUUACGAUGUUUACAUUAUAAACACACAUUCAUGAUUCUGUUUACAAUGUCCAAGACAGAGAGCCACUCUGGCCUCCAGUGCUUCCCCCUCUUCCCUCUCAUCAGGAAAGCUGUUUUGUUCUCAGGUCAGAAAUGAAAUGCAGUGUUUUGUAUUUUUUGUGGAAGGAUGAAUUUGUUUCUGUCAAUUACUCUUAAUAAAAUUGUAAUGACUGUG